AUGGAUCGUAAGACGGUCAUCAAAAGCAAACUACAAGGAAUAGAGAGCUAUAACCCUGAACACAUAACAGCACUUGAAGAACAUCUUUCAUGGCAGAUCAUAAAUAAUGAUUAUGAUUUCGAAGCUAAUUUAGCUCUGCUUAGAUUAUAUCAGUUCUAUCCGGAACGUUUCAACGCUGAGUGUGCGAGGUUAGUGCUGCUGAAGGCAAUUAUAAGCAUGAGUCACUCAGAUUUUACAUUGUGCAAGUACUUGAUUCGCCUAGAACAUCUCAGUGAAGAGCCACUUUCACAGGUUGUGGAGCUUGGGUUUCUCCUGGAAACCUGUCGGUUUUCUGAGUUUUGGACGAAAGUUAAAGAAAACCCCAAAGCUUUUUCUGCUAUCCCUGGAUUCCGUGAAUCUGUAUGUAGAUUUAUUGUCCAAAUUAUAUCUCAAACAUAUCAACGUAUAUCAAAACCCUUAUUAAUGAGCUUUUUGGAUAUGUCAGAGAAUGAUUUAAAACAAUUUAUUAAACAAUUUGAAUGGUCCGAAAUCACUGAUCAUCAUCAUCAUCAUCAACUUAUCUUAAUUAAUAAUCAUGAAGAGAAUAUUAAAUCAAUACAAAUACGUGAACGUGUCAAUUUCGAUUCGAUCACAUCAAUGUCCGGUGCAUUUAGACCAUCAAAAAGUGAUUUUUUCAUUAAAACCAACAUACAAUCAUAA